GUCUCUUUAAACAAAGAAAAGAAAUAUAACCAAUUGCAUUAAAAAAUAUGUUGUCUAAUUUUUAUUACAAAACAUACAUGAAGUUAAAAGCUGAAAAACAGAUGACAUUUGCAUAAUGGUAAGCUAGCCUACUAAGUCUUCUAUAAGUAUUUUUAUGGUGCUUGAUACUUCAAUUUUUAUAUUUGAUUAUUUUAGCGAUAAUGAAAAUAUGCGAUCUCAUUCAACCCAAAAGACACUUUGUAACUGCUAUAUUUUUAAAAUAAAUGUAUGUUACUUAUACCCUCACUCAUUCAUCAACUUAAUGAGUACCAUAUAUUUCAUGUAAUAUGAUUUUCAUAGGUUUUUAUUUAUUGAAUUAUUUCAUAAAAAAUAUUUGGUGCAUGAAAAUUACUACAUUGCUGCUAGACAUGUCUGCGAUCUAAGAAUAAUUUGGGAAGUCCAUACACAACACAAGAUUCGGGCCUAAUUGUAUGCAUUUUACCCCCGUUUUCCUUAGGCGUUUGUGGCAAUUGUGCUUCUAAAAGGGUGGUUUUACGCUAGGUUUCUUGUGUUUUAGCAUGUUUCAGGAUCUAACAGGUGAAACCAACCCGUAGUCGAAAGUUGGAUGAAAAGGAGUGAAAACCGGGAGAAGAGGUGAAAAACCGGGAGUUCACGGUAUGCUAAGACCGUGAAGAGGAGGCAUGGACCGUGAAAAUCAAGGCGUCCAGGGCACUUCCUGAAGUUACUAACGCCAGGCGAGUUCACGGUCACUAAGACCGUGAACUGGAGCCGUUGCCCGUGAGCCUGAGCAAGCGAAGCAGGGUGUUUCGACGCCUAGCUCGAGUUCACGGACGCGUUCAAGAGUUCACGGCCGUGAAUUGAGGCCGUGAACUGAGCCCAAUCCCCAUUUAAAAGGAGAGGUGAAAGGAAGAGAGCCCAAAAGUGAGAAAGUGUCUUCUUCAGAUUUUAGAGAGAGAAAGAACGAACCAAGAAAAAAAGAAGGCCAGGGUUUGCUUCAAGUGGGGAAUUGGGAAGAUUCUCCCCAAGAGAAGAUCAACACAAGGUCAAAGGAGAUUGGAGGCAUCACCAUGAUGGUUUCUACGUCUUCCUCUUGUGUUCUUCCCCUUUCUAGCAUUGAGUAGUUUCCUUCUUCACUUGGGUGUUGUGAAACCCUAACUAUUUGCCAUGUAGUUGUUGUGUGAAUUGAACGAUUGUUUAUGGGUGUUGGUUAAUUCAAUGAUUGAGGUAUUUUUCAUGUUGAUUGUGCAUGUUUGUGCUUAGCAAUCCAAUUGGCCAUUCUAACCUAGAUUAUAGGGAAACCCCCCUUUCAAGGUAGGCUCAAUUGAGUUGAGAUUCCUAGGGCUUUUUAAGCCACCUAUCUAGGUUAAUGUAGGGUAAACCUCUAUGUUGAAUUAAGCAAUUUGGUUAAGCGCGAUUAAGCCGACCAACCAUUGGGUUGAGUGAGAGAGUAAGUCAAGCACCGAUUGCCUUAACCAAGAGGGCUACUUGAGUAGCCUAUAAUGUAUCCCUUGGUUUGGCGAUCAAGAGUGUGGUCUACGACCACAAUUGCGUUUCCUAGUGGUUCGCGGUCACCUUGCCCAUAGCAAUCACUUCGAUUCACAUGCCAUGGUAGUAGUUAGGGGGAAGCGACACCAGAGUGAUCCUUCUUAAAAAGAGCUUUCAAAACCAUUUACUUUUGCCUUGUUUUACUUUAGUUAGCAAACUUUUCAACCAAAACUGAAUUGGUAGAUAAUGUUUCAAACAAUUGAAGUAGGGGUACACGGACACCCCGAGUCGAUAUUUAAACAUACUUGCAAUGUAUUGCACCCUACUAAGGUUUAUACUUGGACCUUAGGCGGGAAUUAAUUGUGAUAUUCGAAGCGAGUCAAGUUUUUGGCGCCGUUGCCAGGGACAACGGUUUGUUAAUUUGAUAAAGUUGUUUGGUGUUAAUCUAGCUUUUAAUUUUUGGUUUUGAAAGUGUGUGUGCUUUGCUUGUGCUAGACUUGGUGUUGUUUUCUAAUUGUGUGUAGGGAGGUGCAUGACCCGGAGUAAUCCAUCACCACGUGACGAGGACAUAAACCUAACUCUCCGACUCCUAGCACGAGAGAGGGAGCUAGCGGAGGCAAGGAGGAGAAGUAAAGAAAGGGGACAACAAUUUGGUCCCGGUGUUAGUGGAGUAGAAGUUGAAGAAGUGAAAGGUGAACCUAACAUUGGAAUAGAAAUGGCGGGGAACCAAAGAGAAGCAGGAGCCACCCAAGCUCGUAACCUAAACGAUGCGGCGGCGGAAGAGAAAGCACCAAGGACAAUGGGAUACUAUAUGGCCCCAUUGCCAGUGGACAUUCAAUCGCCAAUCCUUCACCCUCCCGUGGCGGCCAACAAUUUUGAGAUCAAGCCAGCUCUAGUGACCAUGAUACAAAACAAUGCUUUGUUCCACGGUCAUUCGACCGAGUCACCAAGAGAGCAUGUGCAAAGAUUCCUGGAGCUCGUGGGGAGCUUGAAAAUCAAUGGCAUGUCGGCUGAAGCUUCGCAACUUAGGCUUUUCCCCUAUUCACUUUCGCGGAAAGCACUCCGGUGGCUAAACAACCGCCCGCCUCGUUCAAUCACCUCAUGGGACGAUCUUCUCAACAAUUUCAUGACCCGCUACUGCCCGACUUCGAAGAUGGCCGAGUGGAGAAAGAAGAUUACCCAUUUCGAGCAAGAGGAAGACGAGACCUUGAGGGAUGCUUGGGAGAGAUACUCCGAUUAUUUUCUUUAAUGCCCUCACCAUGUGUUCGAAGAAAAAUUUUGGAUUGAAACUUUCUACGGUGGUCUAAUCCAAGAAGACAAGAUUCUCAUUGACUCACUGUGUCAAGGGAAAUUGAUGAAUAUGACACCACCCUAAGUGACUGAGCUACUUGAAGACAUGGCCCUCAAGGGAUACGAUUGGGGGAUUGACGAGAAUUGGGAGGAGAAGCAAUGAUAGGGGAGUGAGAAGUGUGGGAGCAAGCACUCCACUUGCAGUAAAGCUCGACAAGUUGAUCGAGGUGAUUCGUGAAGAUAAGAAGCAAGGAAAGAGGCCGGUGAUGUCUUGUGAUUGGUGUUUGAGCACUAGCCAUGCGAUGGCGGAGUGCCAAGCAAUGAAGGAGGCAACCACUCCGGAGGAGCAUUUCAAUUUCGUGGCAUAUGCUAGGGCUAAUAACCCAUGUAGCAAUACUUAUAAUUCCGGAUGGAGGAACCACCCAAAUUUUGCUUGGUCAUCACCGACUAAUCCGAGGCCCCCGGGGUUUAAGGUCCCACGGGAAAUUGUCAACCUUGGCCAACCUUCAUCCAUCAAAGGCUUCUCAAGUCCAAAGCUCGAACUUCCAACAACCAUAUCUCACACAAGGUGGUCAAGGGUUUCAACAACAACAACAACAACCCGAUAAUCUAUCCAAGAUUGAAGACCUAGUGAACACCUUUGUGAGCACGAGUGCUCAAAAGUUCGAUAAGAUUGAGCAAUUUAUGGAUGUGGCGACUACCAAGUUUACCUCGGUGGAGGCAGGACUCCGAAGCCAUCAAGCGAGCCUACAAAUCUUGGAAGUGUAAAUCGACAAUCUUGCCGAGAUCCUCACCGAGAGACCAAAGGGAGCCCUACCUCCCCAAACUGUGGCGAACCCCAAGGAUCAUGCCUGGGUGAAUGCAAUUCAAGUGGGAAGUGGAAAGGUGCCUCUGAGCAUCGCCGCUAAAGAAGUGAUUGAGAAGGAAGAUCCCAACCCGAAGGAUGGAUAGAAAGGGCCCUCGAGGAAAGAGAGGAAAGCGGCAAGGAAGGCAUUGCCGACAUCACCUCCGGUGGUUGAGUACAAGCCACCUCAUCCUUUCCCCACGAGGAUGUACAAUGAGUGGUUGGAUAACGAGUGUGAAGGUUUUAUGGAAAUGGUCCGCAACCUCCACCUCAAUAUACCUUUCAUUGAAGC